GUUCCUGUUCACUAUGAAGGAAGUGAGUAUAAUAUCCCAGUGUGCAUCUGGCUUCAUGAGACUCACCCCGUGUCCCGUCCUCGCUGUUAUGUCUGUCCAUCUGUCUCCAUGGUGAUAAACCCAUACUGUCCCUGUGUGGACGCCUCUGGCAACAUCAGUCUGGAUGGAUUGAAAAACUGGACCCAUGGUGUGUCAGACCUAUCACUGCUCGUGUCAGAGAUGAGGCGGGCCUUCCAGGUGGAUACACCCCUUUAUGCCAGGUGUCCUGUACAAACCCCGCCUCCUACUGGUGUUCAGGUGUCACAGUCAUUGACAGGUGGAAGGUCAGAGAGCCUCCAUCAUCCCUCCAUCACCUCCUCUUCCCUCACCUCCUUCUCUAUCACCUCCUCCCCACAGAGCUGUCGUCUCUCCCUCCCCUCCUACCUGCCUAGACAGAAAGACAACCAAUGGGAGCAUAGCAGGGAGGUGAAGGUGAGGAGGUCUUACACUGAGGAGCUCCUUGGAAUCGACUUCAAUGCUCCUCCUCCCUCCUCCUCCUCCAACCACAACAACCCCUUCCUGAGCUCCUCCUCCUCAGGUCCCCCUCCAGAGCCCCUCAACAGGAUGAUGGGAACUCUGAGACUGGACACAGAGUCUAAUAGAGGCCAGCAGGGGGAUUCAACUUUACGGAGCAACCAAUCAGAAGCAGCUAGUGACAGACACAGAGCAGGUUUUGGACCAGCACCUGGACUAAGUCAGGAGCUGGAUACUCAAAGCCUGGGAGCAGACCACAUUGAGAUGGUGUCCCGUCUCCCUCCGGACCAGGCGACCAUGUUCCUGUCUCUGAUGAGGAUGAAGGGGCGGAGCUUCAGCCCCAGUGAUGUCAUGGAAGCAGUCCAGCUCAACAGAGAUCUCCCAUCAGCCCUAAGAUUUCUGACUCACAGCUGCCCCAUCUGUCAAGACCAGGUGACCUUCAGCAAGAUCAUCACCAUGACUCACUGCUCCUGCUUCCUGUGUCAAACGUGUUUUAAGACGUUUUUCUCUGCAGCCAUUAAAGAGCGAAGCAUCGAUCAGCUGGUUUGUCCUCAGUGUGGCAGACCUGAGGUCAGAGGUCAGGGGGGGAUGGAGGAGUCCAUGGACUACUUCAACCUGCUGGACACUCAGAUCCGUCACUUCCUGCCUCCUCAGGUCCAUGAACUCUUCCAAAGGAAACUCAGGGAUCGAGCUCUGCAGGAGAUGCCGAACUUCUGCUGGUGUGCUCAUUGUUCAUUUGGCAUGCUUCAUGAGGCUGACCGGUUGAGGAUGGACUGUCCCAGCUGUAAGAAGAGUACCUGCUCUCAGUGCAGGUCACCUUGGUCAACUCAGCAUCAGGGUCUGUCCUGUGACCAGUUCAGAGUCUGGCAGCAGCAGAACCAGCUGGACCACCACACCUCCACCCUGCUCAGCUACAACAGCAUCGAGUGUCCAAACUGUCAGUUCAUCUUCAGUCUGUCCAAAGGAGGCUGUCUUCACUUCACCUGCAGUCAGUGUCAGCAUCAGUUCUGUGGAGGCUGCAGCCAGACCUUCACCUUGGGAGCUGCAUGUGGUUUCUCUGCUGACUGUGGAACCAAAGGUCUUCACGCCCACCACCCCAGAGACUGCCUGUAUCACCUGAGAGACUGGAGCGUGACACGCCUACACCUGCUGCUACAGUAUUACAGAGUGUCUCCUUCCUGGUUGGAACCAGCCAAUGGCAGCUUACCUGACACCAGUCUGACAGGAGUAUGUUUGGUUUUGGAGCUGAGAGAUGAUGGCAGCAGACGGGAGGAGCCCUGCGGUCAACCUGCACUACCUGAAUACAGAGGAUACUGCCAGUUGCACUAUAAAGAGCGCUUGGUGGAGCUGAUCAAUCGUUGCCGUGCUGACCCAGCAGUCCUCUUCAGUCUGACGGAGAUGAUGGCAGAACUUCAGCGUUGGCAUGUCGCCAUGCCAACCCGGAAACCAGACGAACCGGAGCUGCUGUACGCCCAACAACUCCGCCUGACUCUUACCAAUAGAGUUCCACUCAGGAAGCAGCGACGGUCUCCACUCAAACUCAACAACGAUCUCUGCCCUCUGACCCCUGCUAUGGCUGCUGGAGCUCCGCCCCCUCACCUGCUGCUGACAGACUGACUCUGCCCACCCCCAAUACAGCAGCCAAUCAGAUGGCAGUGCUCUGUCAUCACAGUAACCACUGAUUUUUAUUUAAACAGAGACAUUAGGAGACCAAGUUUACAUCUGACCAUGCCCCUUUCACGUCACUGAAAGGGGUGUCUAAAAAUCUACUUGUCUGCUUCAGCUGCUGGCUUCAGACUGGCUCAGUGGUUUCCAAGGAAACAAAAUAAAAGGGACUAAAGAAACUGUUGUUCACCUUAACGACCUGAGUAUUGACAAGUAUUUUUAGACACUGUUCUUAUGAGCUAACAAUGCUAACGAGACUCUUCUCUAUAUUCUAGGAUCCACGUUUAUUUCAGUCAGCUUGGGCACCAGUUAGCACCAGUUAGCACUUGUUAGCGUGUGUUAAUUUAGAUUAGGAUAUAAGUCUUGACUGUGAUGUCCAUUGAGCCCUUAACCCUCUGUUGUAGUUC